AUGACUCCUUCAAGAACUGUAACAGUUGUCCGGCCAUAUUUAUGCUUAUAUUUGUUUCAAUCUUCAGAUUUCCUUUUUAAGUUCCUGGUCAUUGGAAAUGCUGGAACUGGAAAAUCCUGUUUGCUGCAUCAAUUCAUUGAGAAGAAAUUCAAAGAUGACUCCAAUCAUACUAUAGGAGUUGAAUUUGGCUCGAAGAUCAUAAACGUUGGUGGUAAAUAUGUAAAACUGCAGAUAUGGGAUACAGCAGGACAAGAGAGAUUCAGGUCUGUAACAAGAAGUUAUUAUAGAGGUGCUGCAGGUGCUUUGCUUGUCUAUGAUAUCACCAGCCGAGAAACCUACAAUGCACUUACCAAUUGGUUGACAGAUGCAAGAAUGCUAGCCAGUCAAAAUAUUGUGAUAAUACUCUGUGGAAACAAAAAGGAUCUGGAUGCAGAUCGUGAAGUUACUUUUUUAGAAGCAUCCCGGUUUGCCCAAGAAAAUGAGCUGAUGUUCUUGGAAACAAGUGCACUAACAGGGGAAAAUGUUGAAGAGGCCUUUGUACAGUGUGCGAGAAAAAUACUCAAUAAAAUUGAAUCAGGAGAACUAGAUCCAGAAAGAAUGGGCUCGGGUAUUCAGUAUGGGGAUGCGGCCUUGAGACAGCUGAGAUCGCCAAGAAGAGCACAAGCAGAAAGUGCUCAGGAAUGUGGGUGUUAAAGAAACAAAACACAAGAGUCCCAAACACUGAACUUAGAUAUAAAAGGACCAGACCACUGCUGGCAAAGUGAACUGU